AGCGUGUUGAGUAGACCGGGUUGCACACUUGGGGACACAGCCGGACAGGGGACAGCCAAGACCCAACAGUCCCCACCCAACACGACAGAGGAAGGAACUUCUAGUCAUCCUGCAAAGGUAGCAGCGCACUUCACGAGCAAAACAGUGGUUUAACUACGGUCAUUCACUGGAGCUAAGAUGAAGUGGUUAGUUCUGCUAGUCUGGUCGGUCGGACUGUGUUCCGCCACGCCAUGUUGGCUGCAGGGCGCGGACGAGUCGGCCUGUGCGGGGAUGGCGCUCACACGCUCUACGGUCGCCCCUCAGUCAACACCGAGCCCUUACCGCGUGGCUCUGGACUACGACAAGGAUCGCCAUAGAUUCAAUGUUCGUGUGACGGGAGGAGAGCAGUUCCGGUCCAUCCUGCUGCAGGCCCGGCGGCCAGGCAGUACCGAGCCGGUCGGCACAUUCCUCCCGCCAUCUGAGCGUUCCGGCCUGAAGCGGAUCACCUGCAGCUCUCAGGGGGACAGCAUCACCAACCGCAGGCCGCUGCGAACCAACGAGAUCAGGCUGACGUGGGAGAUGCCGCAGGGACAGACGAAACUGGGCGAAAUCUACUUCGUGGCGACGGUUGUGAAGAGGUGCAGCAGCUAUUGGAUGGGUGUACAGUCGGAGACAAUUGCAGAACUGACCCGCUACAGUUUCUGGCCUGGAACCGUGCCGGAAGGGUACCUCUGGUCGACUGCUACAGCAUCCUAUCAGAUUGAGGGAGCGUGGAACCGUAACGGAAAAGGAGAGUCGAUGUGGGACCACUACGCACACAGUUUGGGGGCAUUUGAGGGAGAUGAAGCCACCAAGAGCUACGACUAUUUUGCCCGAGAUGUUGAGACAAUCGACGAGCUGGGUCUGAACUCCUACCGAUUCUCCAUCUCCUGGACCCGUAUCCUCCCGGACGGUACUGUGGCCGGCGGCAUCAACAAGGAUGGUAUCGACUACUACAACAACCUCAUCAACGAACUGCUCAUCCAGGGCAAGACGCCGUACGUUACGCUGUACCACUGGGAUGGACCUCAGGCACUGGACAAUAAGUACGGCAUCUGGCUCAACGACGCUAUUGUGGAUGACUUCAACGAGUACGCCCGCGUGUGCUUCCAAGCGUUCGGAGAUCGUGUGAAGCACUGGGUAACGUUUAACGAGCCCUGGUCCUUCGUCAUGGGAGGGUACGGAAUCGCCGGGGCUCCUCCAGGCAUCUGGGACAACGACAGGACUGAAAUGUACAAGGCAGCUCACAACGUCAUCCGCGCCCACGCUCGCGCCUACCACACGUACGACGAGGAGUUCCGGGCCGACCAACAGGGAGCGUGCGGCAUCGUCAUCGGGGCUCUUUGGAGCGAACCCCGGGACCCCAACAACCCACAGGACGUUCUGGGCGCCGACCUGUACCAACAGUUCGUCAUGGGCUGGUUCGCGAACCCGAUCUACGGAGACGGGAACUACCCGCAGGGGAUGAUCGACAUGAUUGGUGCCAGCAGUCAGGAGGAGGGCCGUGCUGUGUCCCGUCUGCCCGUCUUCACGGAGGAGGAGAUUCGCUUUAACCGCGGUACGGCUGACUUCGUGGGACUGAACCAGUACUCUGCUCGUCUCAUCUACGCUUCCAACGACCCUGGGGACGUCGACGAAACUGGCUGGUUCAACUGGAUGUCUGUGAUGGUUCCUGACCUGAAGGGCUUCAAAGAGACCGUUGACCCAAGUUGGCCGAAAGGUGAGAUGAUCUUCCUGCGAGUAACACCGUGGGCAGUCCGCAAACAACUGGACUAUUUCAGGCGUACAUACCAGAACGACGGGCCGUUCUACCUUACGGAGACCGGCAUCUCCGAGGCCACGUUUCACCCACCGAAGUUUGACGACGUCUGGAGGCAAUGCUACUACAUGCUGUACGCUAACGAGGUGGUAAAAGCGAUUGAACUGGACGGGGUCGACCACCAAGGAUUCUUCGCAUGGACGCUGAUGGACAAUGUGGAAUGGGCUUCUGGAAUCCACGAGCACUUUGGACUCUUCUACACCAACUUCUCCACACCAACUCGUACUAGGAUUCCAAAGGGCUCCGUGGCUACAUACCGGGAGAUCACAACUAACAACGGCUACCCGCUGGGCGCACCGCACACACAGACCGCUCAGGACCUGUGGGAGUGGUGCCUUACCCAGGAGCCUUAUGAGGGGGCUGUCAAUCAGGCGGAAGAGCACAGAACUGUUGCCGACCCAACAGUCGACUACUUCCUGCCCGGAGUCCGUGUCGGAGCUGCGUACAAGGACAAGGUCAUGAACAACGUGUGAGCAGCAAACCACAGACCGACCCACCGCGGACAACGUGUGAACUUCUUUGUUGAUCAAACUACAUGAUUUAAGUGUGUGCUUCUGUGUGCCUUCUCAUCUCCGUACUUCUUUAUCAGACUUUAAAAACGUUAAAUGACCAACACUGUAAUUUUACAUGUAACAGCCUUCAAUUUUAACCAUAUUUCAUAUUGUAAACGGGACUUUGUACAUUAUCUCAACAUGGACACCGUGUAACGUCUGCGUCACGAUACGAUUAUACCUAACGAAAUAUAUUCUUACAACUCUUCUUCCUUAUUCUAGCACAUAAUGGCCUCUCUGGGAAUAGGUUAUGGUAAUUUGGGCACAGUUAAGAAUUCCUGUACGUGUGUUUGGCCAAGGAGCUUCAACAAGUGAUAGAAUGUCAACAUGAGUAUGCCAACAUGCCACUACAUUCCCAUGACUCAUUCCCAGAUGCAGACCCUUGGUUUGAAUGCCAGGCUAACCCCUCUUCAGCUUCACAUGAAAGGAGAUUGAAAUAAACAGGCAGAAUU